UAUUUUUUUUCCGUUUUAAAUGCAAAUGUGCAAAUAGUCGAGUUCAAAUGGUAUAACUUUUAACUCGGUGUCUAUAAUUGAGUUAUAAUUGCAACGAUCGCUUCGACGACAAAGUUACACAAUUUUAAAUAUAUAUUGCCUUAAAUAUUUUUCCUCGGAUAAUUUUCCAUUUAAUCGGAAAAUUUUACUUUAUUCACACGGUGGAAAAUUACGUAAAGUUGAUUUGAAAAUAAACGAAAAGAAAUUGAAGAAACGAUGAACGAGAAACUUUGAAUAUAUCGAUAAACGUUCUCUUUUUCUUCCUUUCUUCUUUUCUCUUUCUUCCAACUCCAUCGAUGUAAAAUUAAUCACUGCACUGGCACGACGACGAGUGUGUCAUUAUUUGUACUCUAUUAGUUGAUCAAAUAUGAAAUCGAUUGAUCGCACUGUAAUAACUACUAGUGAAAAUGAAUUUAAACGAUCUUUAUUACAAAUUAAAAAAAAAUGACGAAAUACACACACGCGCACAAAAAUAUAAUACUGUUAUCGAACUCUUUGGAACACUUGGAAAAAAAGACAAAACGUUUCUCUCUUCCUCCUUCUACGAGAAUAUCGAUAAUAUCUAGAAGCAGCUUGCUCGACUUUUUUCCUUUUUUCCUUCUUCUUCUUGAAACAUAACGAGAGACAAUUCGCACAAUUCCAAUGUGAUGAAUAUUUCAUAUUGCAAAAUUCUUUUUUUUUUUUACAAAACGUGGCGGGAGAAAAGGACGCGACGAGUAUUUUUCCGUGGGACGAAGAGGGGCGACGCGAUCAACUACUGCUGAUGAUCGUGCUGGCUCGAGCGUGCGUGUGCGCGCGCAACAAGUGACUCGCCAGUGCGAGUCGAUCGAGGCGAAGAAGAGUAACGCCGGUGUGUGUCGAUAUACGCGUUGAGCGGAUUACGUUGAGCGAAGAACGGGUGAAAUGGAAGAGGCGGCGACAUAAUCGAUCGAGAUAUGGAAUAAUCAACGGUGCGGUGCCGCUCGACAUUUGCCCGCCACUUUCGUUCAAUUCGUCCGACGAGCUCCUCCGUACGCGGCAGGAAGAGAACAAAAAAAAGAAAAAGAUAAAUCGAAACACGAUGAAUCGUGAGAAAAGGAAGGGGAUCGAUGGAGGUUGGGGGUGGUUGGUUUGUUUCGGAAGCAGCCUUAUCUCGCUCUCUUUAAGAUCCUUGGAUCCCUCGUUUGGCCUCCUUUUUCACGAUCUCUUCGUAGAGCUCGAUAUAGAUUCGAUGGAAGCAUCUUUGAUAAUGAGCAUUCUCGACGCUAUCGUCAAUUUUUCCGGCCUUUUGGUAGGACCUUUGUUGAAGAAGUACUCUUAUCGACAAGUAUCUUUCUUUGGAUCUCUUUUAAGUUGUAGCGGACUGAUAUUGACAUCGAGGGCAAAUAGCAUGAUCCAUAUCAUUUGUACUUAUAGUAUUUUGGCAGGAUUAGGAACUGGAUUGGCGACCGCAGCAUCCUUCGUCGCGUUGAACACAUUUUUUGAGAAAAAGAGAGGACAAGCCGUAGGAUUUUCUAUGGCAGGCACAACAUUGGCCAUGAUGGUGGUGCCCCAGUUGAUACAUCUUCUUUUGGAUGCUUACGGGUUUCGUGGCGCGAUGUUAAUCGUUGGAGGAUGGGCAUUGCACUCCGCUGUAGGCGCUUGUUUAUUACGUCCGCUUCGAGUCGAAAGUUCAAAACCCCUUGGGAAGCCCGUAAAUAAUUCCUCAGAGAAUGACACGUUGCUACGGUUAAACGAUACCGAAACGACGAAAAAGGUGGAAUACGGUACGAAUGAUUGCGAAAAUAAUACCGCGGCGUACGAGGAGAUAAAGCAACACGGCAGAAAAGAAAACGAGUUGUUACGAAAAAUAAAGGAAAUUUUCGAUUUGGAUUUAUUCAAGGAUAGUAUCUAUUUAAACAUAAUCGUCGGUCUGAGUUUAUAUUAUGUAGCCGAGUCCAACUUCAAACUGAUGACGCCGUUUUUUCUGUCCAGCAUAGGAAUGAGCAAAGCCGAGAUCGCUUCCUGUUUAUCGAUAACUGCGUUCACCGACAUUCUUGCCCGACUCACACUCCCAACCAUAUUCGAUAGAUUAAGAUUGAAAAAGAGGGUCGUUUUCUGGACGUUUUCCAUACUGGUUGGGAUUGGACGAUCGAUAAUGGUAAUGCAAUCGAAAGGGACAUUUUUGAUAGUGAUAUUCGUGGUAAUAGGAUUUUUACGGGGCGCAACUUUGGUGAAUUUAAAUCUCACCGUAUCCGAGUAUUGUUCCUUGAGCAAAUUGCCGAGUGCCUUUGGAAUGUUUAUGGUGUUUAAAGGUUUAUUCGUCAUAAUAUUGAGUCCGUUGAUCGGAUACAUCAGAGAUUCCAGUAAAAGUUAUGCAAUUUGUAUACAUAUGAUGACGUUGAUAAUAUGUACCAUGUUUGUUACAUGGAGUAUUGAGUUUAUUUAUCCAACCUUAGAGCAGCGUAUCUUAUCAUUUCUAGCGAUACUUCCGAUACAACAAACUUUCGGUCUAAUCUUUAGGGAACGUUUCUUCUCGCUCGGUAUCACGGCCACGCAAACAUCGUUAAUUGUUCAUCUGAAUGGAACGAUCACGUGCAGCCUGGGCCUGAUAAGCGGCCCGAUGAUGAAGAGAUUCACGUUCAGAAAAGUCGCGUUUCUCGGCGGUUUCAUUGUCAUCGUUGGAAUCUGUGCAGCUGCAUACGCGAUCUCCUUGCCCUCCAUUAUCCUCACUUACUGCAUUAUCGUGGGUAUCGGCCACGGUAUCAUGUUCCCGGCCACGAAUCUCGCCAUGAACACGUAUUUCCGAAAGAAGAGGAACAUCGCCAUGGGAUUGUCGGUCACUUUGACAGGCCUUGGACCUAUCCUGAUGCCCCUUUUAAUCGCGAAAUUAUUGGAAAACUACGCGACAACCGGCACUCUAUUGAUCCUCUCUGCCGUAUCCAUGCACUCGUUGAUCGGAGCAUCACUUCUCAAACCAUUCGAGGAGAAACAAAUUGCGAGAAUAAAAAAGAGCAACGACACCGAUGCAGCGAAAGAGAUUACCGUGAAAUUAAACAUGGAGAAUGGUAUCGAUCCCAAUCAUCGAUUAUUGGAAGAGGAAUUGAAACGAAAAGAGAACGUGUCGAGCGAACGACAGGGGAACGUGGAAAACGCGAAAGAGGAGAAACAAUCGAUUUGGGCAGCGAUUACGGAACACAUGGAUCUUGCCCUUUUGAAGGAUGCCCGUUACGUGGCCGUUAUUUUAGGUAUGGGAGUAUCUUUAGUCGCGGAAACAAAUUUUAACACGAUGAUACCUUUCGUUCUUACCGAACUUUCCGGCCUGGAAAGGACCUCGAUCGCCACCGUCAUGUCUAUCCAAGCGAUCUCGGACAUCACCGGACGUCUCUGCGUCCCACUUUUGGCGCAGAAGGCCGGUUGGACGUCGAGGAAUCUAUACGUGGUUUCCCUGAUAGGAUCCACCAUUGGAAGGACCAUAUUGUCAACUUGGGGAAAUACCUACGUGGUGGUGAUUGGUGUCGCAUUGAUUAUUGGGAUCGCGAAAGGAACAAAAGCGGUCUUCCAAACGUUAAUAAUUCCCGAUUACGUGUCUCUGGAGAGAUUACCGGCUGCAUACGGAAUGCAAAUGGUUUGCAAUGGAAUUUUAUCUAUUACCAUAGGCCCGUUUAUAGGUUUGGUACACGACUGGAUGAUGAGCUACGUCGUUGCUCUCCAUUUCACAUCAAUCUUGAGCCUUUCUUGCGUUGUUUUAUGGUACAUAGGAGGACUUUGGCAAUUUCGCAAAGAUCCCACGAAAGAAGAAAUGACUGAAGCAUAGGCGAAAAACUUUUUAUUGAUUUCAAUAAUCUAAUCUAGAUUAUGGAUGAUUAUUUUUAUUCGGGAGAAAAGAUAAAAAUAAUUGAUGCAUGAUAUUAAGUGACAAAUUUUUAUAUAUAGUAAAAAUUCUAAAAAUAAAAAUUACGUAGGAUAAAUUGCAACAAUAUUAUAAAAAAUUGAAAGGAAACUUUAUUUUCAUUUGAAAAAAUUUUAUAUUAUAUACUUUAGCAAAUUCUUGACUGAUUGUUUUGUAAUGUUAAAUACAAUUUUUGAAUAACAAAAAAAAAAAUUUUAAUGUUUAAUGAUAUAUAUUUGUAUAAAAUAUACAAUUGUGUGAUAUAUUGUAAUGUAUACAAAUGUAAGAUAAUUAUUCGACUUUUAAUUAAAUUGCUCGUUGCAAAGAGCAAAGAUGUUUAAAAAUA